AUGGCGAAAUUAAUCCCUAGCCUCGUCUCUUUGAUUCUUAUCGGCCUUCUCGCGAUCGCUUCCGCCAAAGUCAUCUUCGAGGAGCGCUUUGAUGAUGGAUGGGAGAGCAGAUGGGUCAAGUCUGAGUGGAAGAAAGAUGACAAGGCUGCUGGGGAGUGGAAGCACACUGCGGGAAAUUGGUCUGGUGAUGCUAACGAUAAAGGUAUCCAGACCAGUGAGGACUACAGAUUCUACGCCAUUUCAGCUGAGUUUUCUGAAUUCAGUAACAAGGACAAAACCUUAGUCUUCCAAUUCUCAGUCAAGCACGAGCAAAAGCUUGACUGUGGUGGUGGCUACAUGAAGCUGCUCAGUGGUGAUGUUGACCAGAAGAAAUUUGGUGGAGACACCCCAUACAGCAUCAUGUUUGGUCCCGAUAUCUGUGGCUACCAGACGAAGAAGGUGCAUGCUAUCCUUACCUACAAGGAAGCCAACCACCUGAUCAAGAAGGAUGUUCCGUGUGAGACUGACCAGCUCACCCAUGUGUACACAUUCAUCCUCCGCCCAGAUGCUACUUACAGCAUUCUCAUUGACAAUGUUGAGAAGCAAACUGGCAGCCUCUACUCUGACUGGGAUCUUCUCGCACCCAUGAAGAUCAAGGACCCCAGAGCCACUAAGCCUGAGGACUGGGACGAGCAAGAGUACAUUACUGACCCUGAAGACAAGAAACCUGAAGGACACGAUGAUAUCCCAAAGGAGAUCCCAGAUAGCGAUGCGAAGAAGCCUGAGGACUGGGAUGAAGAAGAAGAUGGUGAGUGGACUGUCCCGACCAUUCCCAACCCUGACUACGUGGGUGAAUGGAAGCCCAAGAAAAUCAAGAACCCCAACUACAAGGGCAAGUGGGAGGCUCCAUUGAUUGACAACCCUGACUUCAAGGAUGACCCAGAGCUCUAUGUCUUCCCCAAGCUGAAGUAUGUUGGAGUCGAAUUGUGGCAGGUGAAAUCAGGAUCAUUGUUCGACAAUGUCUUGAUCUGCGAUGACCCAGACUACGCCAAGAAGUUGGCAGAGGAAACAUGGGGCAAGCUCAAGGAUGCGGAGAAAGCAGCUUUCGAUGAGAUUGAGAAGAAGAAAGAUGACGAGGAAUCCAAGGACGCUCCUACGGAAUCUGCUGAAUCUGAUGCUGAAGAAGAAGAAGCAGAGGAAGAUGAUGGAGAUGAAUCUGAUAACGAAUCUAAGACCGAGGAGGAAACCCCAGAGAAAGACGCCCCUGCUCAUGAUGAGCUGUAA